AUGGGGAUAGCCCUGUGGGAGUGUCGGAGCAUUGUUUGGGAGAAUUUUGUCAGUAUUUGCCUUCUGACUACUUACCUCCCCCUCCCCCCAUUGUUCCCCCAGAAACCCGGAGAAGGAGAACACCCGCUCCAGUACAACUACGCCCUCUGGUACUCCCGCCGCUCACAGAACAACAAGUCCGUCAGAUACGACCAGAAUCUCAAGUUCAUCGCGUCUUUUGCAUCGGUGGAGCAGUUCUGGAACAUCUACAGCUACAUCGUGCGGGCGGGGGACAUGACUGGCCACGUGGACUAUCAUCUGUUCAAGGAAGGCGUCCGGCCAAUGUGGGAGGACGAAGCGAACAAGCACGGAGGCAAGUGGAUCAUCCGUCUGAAGAAAGGCCUGGCAUCUCGGUGCUGGGAGAACCUCAUCCUGGCCAUGCUUGGGGAGCAGUUCAUGGUUGGGGAGGAGAUUUGUGGCGCCGUCAUUUCCAUACGGUUUCAGGAUGACAUCUUGUCUCUGUGGAACCGCAGCAACGACCAGACCAUCACGUCACGCAUCCGCGACACGCUGCAACGUGUUCUCAACCUGCCCCCCAACACCAUCAUGGAGUACAAGGCACACACAGAGAGCAUGAA